GAACUUGUUACAAAAAUGACAUCGGUAACGGAAAAUAUAAAAAUGACAUUGGUAACAGAAAACAUAAAAGAUAAAGGCCAAGAAGAUCCAAUUAGAUGUAUAUUUUUUUCGGAAUUUCAUCCUAUUGUGGGCCCGAUGAUCACUUGUCAGGUUCCAGAUAACUUCAUUUCAAAGGAUAUUUUUGAUAAUGUCAGUGUUUAUAUUAUACCAAAAGCACAGUUACAACGUAGUACUAUCACAGUAACAUUAAAGGAUUACAAAAUCCUAGGAUUUCCAGUGAAAAUUGAUGACAAAAAGUAUGCAAGAAAUGCAUUUUAUUUUAAUUUGUGUUUUGUAUGUGAUGCAGAAGCUCGUACUGUACAUUAUGAACCUGUUGUGAAAAAAAUGUCUGAUUUUCUAAUGGCACUUGAAGUGGAAAAUUGUUUUUUAUCUGCUUCAGAAGACAAAACAAGACUGUCAGAAAUGCUUCAACAGGUAAUGCAGGAUUUGAACUUACACAAAAUGUGUACUUUGACAGAGGGGACAAUGACGUCCCAUUUGAAAGUCAUAAAAUUAGCACCUGAGCCGAAACCAGUUCUUGAUCAUCAGGUACCAAUAUUCUUGGAGGGCCGUGAAGCAUUUCAGACUGAUCAGUGGGAUUUAACUACCCAGCAAGUAUUGCCGUACAUAGAUGGGUUCAAUCAUGUAGCACGAAUAGCAGCUGAAGCAGAUGUGGAGAAUAAUCUGGUUAAAAGUUGUGUACAAAAUCUUGUUUAUUAUGGUGUUGUAACUUUGAUUCCGAUAUUCCAAUAUAGUAAUGUUUAUGCAGCAACUUCAAAAUUAAGAGAAUUGGCAGAAAAUACAAAAUUACAAGAACGAUGUAUAGCAUAUGCUUCAAAAUUUCCCAGACAACCUGCAUAUCUUAGGGACAUAUAUCGAAUGUAUGCAAGUAUGACACAUGGCAGUAGUAUGAGAGACUUGUGUCAACGUCUCAAUCCUCAAAAUUUAAGAAUCAAUGAAAGACGGUUAGUGCAAUUUGGUCUCAUUGAAGGUCUUAUUCGCAGAGUUUAUAAGUAUCCGAUAUAUUUACCAGGAUCUCCAUGUAACGAAGAGAUGAAGAAUAAUCCAGUUUAUAAGUAUUUUACAGGAACAUAUAGUCUUGAUGAAAUUUGUUGUAGUACAGGUCAAUCAGCCGCACAAAUUGAAGAUGUUGUUGAACGUGAUCCAAAUGUUGUUAUGUUAUGGAAAUAA